AUGAAACACUUGUCUUUAAUCCUCCCAUUCUGUGCCAUCUGCCGAGUGAACUGGGCUCAGAAUGGAUAUAACUACGACAGACCAGAUCUCAGUUUAGGAAUUGCAAGUACUAGUCUAACUGGUUUCGCUGGAACUUCGGAUUACCCUUCGUCUUCUGGUUUUGGUAGCGUGACAGGAUCAUCUCCUCCAGUUUAUAAACUUGGAAGUACCGUUUAUCCUUCUGGACGACCGUCUGGGCCAAACUUUGCACAAUCAGGAGCAGCGGGUCUAACAGGAAGUGCUGAGUACCCUAUUGUAGGUACCACAGGAUCGGGAGCAUCUUCUGUCGGAGGCACCGGAUUCCAUUCCAUAGGCGCUGCUCCCAGCUUCCCAGGAAACAGUGCUAUUCCUACUAUUGGAUUUCUUUCAACCAGUGAAGGUCAGCAACGUCCUUCUGAGGGUAUCAGUUCCAUGAAACAACAUCAGACUGGACCAUCUGCAGACUUUUUUAGUAGACCUAGUUCCACCAAUGAUGUUCAAUACGAAGAUGGAAGCUAUUCUGCUAUUCCUGGUGAACAAGGUGUAGAUUAUCCAAUUUUUUCAGUAAUACCAGAGACAUCAUUCGAUUGUAAUCAACAACUUUACCCCGGAUAUUAUGCUGAUAUUGAGACUCAGUGCCAAGUAUUCCACAUAUGUGCUUUAAACAAAACUUUUAAUUUCCUGUGCCCCAAUGGCACCAUCUUUAGCCAGGAGCAUUUUGUAUGUGUGUGGUGGAACCAAUUUGAAUGUGCUAGUGCACCAGGAUUGUUUGAAAAAAAUACAAAGCUGUAUAACAAUCCAGAAGCGGGCCGGCAAUCAUCAGACGUAUUUACAAGCAUUCAAACAAGCUUAGGUCUUAGUGGACCUUCAGGACCUACCGCUGGAGGGGCUCCAUAUACAGGAAGACUUCAGGGAGGACUGUUUUCUGGUGCUUCAGUAGGACAACAAGAUGUUCAUGUAGGAUCACAUAGUAGUUUACCCCAUGGAUCACAGGGAAGUGGUUCGAGCUAUUCAGUUGGUCUUACAGGUGGAUAUCCCGGAUCACGAUCGUCUGUUAUUUUCCAACCAGAAGGUCAAAUUCCAUUUAAUGUUUCUACAGGGUAUAUUGCUACUGGAGGUCAAGCAGGUCUUGCUUACCCCAGCGGAUCAAGUCAACAAGGAUACCCUGGACCAAGUCAAUCAGAUGAACAGUAUGCUCUUUCACCCCAAAUUCCAACUCGAGAGUAUCUUCCUCCUAAACAGGGAUGAGUCUGAAAG